AUGGCAGAAAGCAAAGAGCCCGGUCAACCGGACCAGACACUCACGUCAGCUGACCGGAUUCGGCAGCUAAACGACGUGGACAAGGACGUCGCAAAGCUCAUCCACUCCGCCGGCCUUGCAGUUCAAGCCCUGACCAACGCCCGAUCCAACGAUUCCCCCUCAGCAACAGCAACGGCAGACACAUCCCUCGACUCCCACAAGUCCCGUUUCAAAGAAGCCACCUCACAAUACUUCGCCCUCCUUUCCUCCAUUGACGUCCGACUCCGUCGCCAGGUCUAUGCUCUAGAAGAAGCUUCCGUUCUUGCUCCGGAUUCUGCGUCCCGAACAGGUGAGGGAGGUGCUGCUGGUGGGGGAGGUGCGGGGGCCGCGAACCCGUUGGAUAUCAGUUGGUUGAAUAGUAGGAAUGAUACUGUUGGAAAGGAUAAGGAGGCUGAGCUUUGGGCUGCUGCCAAGGGGUUUGUGGAGCAGAUUGGCAACGCGACUUCAACGGAACCGGUGAAGACAGAGGAGGGUCAUAAGAUGGAAGUUGAUUGA